UCUUAGUGUGCCUCUCUUUCAGAAUCAGCCACAGCAUCAACCAGCAGAGCAGAAACAACUCACAAAACCUCAGUUAGCCUCAGAGGAUAUUGUUGACUGUCAUCUCAGGAUGGCUGAACAGGAUCCACAGCUUCAGGAGCAGACUCCUUGGACAAAUGAGUUGCCAGUAAGCACAGAGUGGGACCUGUGGUAUUAUGAUGCCUCACCACCAACCCUGCCUGAGUUGUGUGAGAAGGAGGCCAUCCGUGUUGUGGCACAUAUCUGUCUCCCAGUCAUGGCCAUCCUGUUCUGCGUGCUGGGGGUCCUGGGUAAUGGGAUUUUGUUGCUGGUUCGCAUCCGUUACCAUACCAUCCAGACCAUUGGUGAUGCUCUUCUGUUGCACUUGGCCUUCUCCGACUUGCUGCUGCUCCUGACACUGCCCUUGGGUGUGGUUGCUAUGGUGGGACGUUGGCACCUGGGCACAGCUGCAUGUCAAGGUCUCCAAGGCCUCCAUGCCCUCAACUUCUACAGUGGCUUCCUGUUCCUCACUGGCCUCACUCUAGACCGCUAUGUAGCCAUCGUGCGGGCACCCAUUGCCCACCGCCUGCGCCUUGCCACCACUUGUUGGGCCAGGCUGGGCUUAGGACUGAUUUGGUUGCUCUCAUCUUCUCUGGCACUGCCCCACUUCCUGUAUGCGCGCAUGGAGGACCAUGAGGGCUUUCAACUCUGCAGGGUGGCCACUGUUGCUGUUGCAAUUAGCCUGGUCCAGGUGGCCUUGGGCUUUGUCCUCCCAUUUGUCGUCAUGGUAGUUUCCUACAUGGCCAUCGCCCGCACUCUCCUGUCAUCUCCUUGUGCCCAAUCACAGAGGGCAUUGUGGUUGAUAUUAUCCCUAGUCUUCCUCUUCCUAGCUUUGCAGCUGCCUUAUGCUCUGCUCACCUUACUGGACACAGCCGAUUUGAUGAGCCAACAGGUUUCAAGCUGUAAAGUCAUCUUCCACAGAGACCUCGCUCUCCUCAUCACCAGUGGAUUGGCCUUUGCCCGCUGUUGCCUGAAUCCCGUGCUUCACUCCUUCCUAGGUGUACGCUUCCGUAAGGACCUCCGGCGGUUAAGCAGAGACAUUGGCUGCUUGGGAGAGUGGGGGUGUUGUGGUAAAAAGCCAAGGAGAGCCAGUAGGCAAGUAUCACUCACAACCCACCUGGAAGGAAUAUAAGGAGUAUUAUGAGAAGAUAGGACACACCACCCACUACCUGGUAGGACAUUUUGUAAAAGAAGAUUUAUGUACUGUAGGAAACUCCAGAUACUGUGUGUUUAUUGUUUAUA